AUGGCAGAUAACAGUUCUACAGAUGGGGUUCCUUCAGAUUCCUUGGAAGCUGCUAAAAAUGCAAAUAAUAAAGAAAAGCUCACAGACCAGGUGAUGCAGAACCCUCAAGUUUUGGCAGCUCUCCAGGAGCGCCUUGAAAAUGUCUCUCACACUCCAUCCAGCUACAUCGAGAAUUUACCUAAAGCUGUCAAAAGAAGAAUCAAUGCCCUGAAGCAGCUUCAGGUGAGGUGUGCCCACAUUGAAGCUAAGUUCUACGAGGAGGUUCACGACUUGGAAAGAAAGUAUGCAGCCCUGUACCAGCCUCUCUUCGACAAGAGAAGAGACUUCGUCACUGGCGACGCCGAGCCCACCGAUGCGGAGUCUGAGUGGCAUAGUGAGAGCGAGGAUGAGGAGAAGCUGGCUGGCGAUGUGAAAAGUAAAGUCGUCAUAGCAGAGAAAGAGGCAGCGUCAGCAGAAGAGCCAAAUCCAAAAGGAAUUCCUGAGUUCUGGUUUACCAUCUUCAGAAACGUGGAUAUGCUGAGUGAACUAGUCCAGGAAUACGAUGAGCCAAUCUUGAAGCACCUGCAGGAUAUUAAAGUCAAGUUCUCCGACCCUGGGCAGCCUAUGUCUUUUGUAUUAGAGUUUCACUUCGAACCCAAUGACUACUUCACCAACCCUGUCCUGACAAAGACGUACAAGAUGAAAUCCGAGCCUGACAAGGCAGACCCUUUCUCCUUUGAAGGUCCGGAAAUCGUUGACUGUGACGGAUGCACUAUUGACUGGAACAAAGGGAAAAACGUCACCGUGAAAACCAUCAAGAAGAAGCAGAAGCACAAGGGACGAGGCACUGUCCGGACGAUCACUAAGCAGGUCCCCAAUGACUCCUUCUUCAACUUCUUCAGCCCUCUCAAAGCCUCCGGGUAUGGAGAGUCACUGGAUGAAGACUCCGAGUUCACCUUAGCCUCUGACUUUGAGAUUGGGCACUUUUUCCGCGAGAGGAUCGUCCCCCGGGCGGUGCUCUACUUCACUGGGGAAGCCAUCGAAGAUGACGACAACUUUGAAGAAGGCGAGGAGGGUGAAGAGGAGGAACUUGAAGGUGACGAGGAGGGAGAAGAGGAGGAGGAUGCAGAAAUUAACCCCAAGAAGGAGCCCAGCCAGCCGGCCGAGUGCAAGCAGCAGUAG